GCACAGAUUAGGGGAUUAUUGACGGAUCAGUAUUGCGAAAAAAGUGCUGCUAUUACUUGGCUCUUACCAACAACUACGAGUCCACCGUCGGAAGAAGGUUUCAGCCCCGAAACCUACAUAAUAGGACCAGAGGAAGACCUUCCCCGUAAAUUAGAGUGUAUGGAAUUUGUAAUGCAUGCACCAUCAGAUUACUAUAAAUUGAAGAAUACUCCAUAUCCUCCACCAUUGACGGAAAGUGGUUCUGGAUACAUCUGGACGUCGUUAAGAAAUGAAUUGAACAAUGGAAGAACAUGAGCCGUUUUUGUGAUUGUUUAUAAACAAUUAUUUUUAUUGAAUAUAGAUAAUAAUUUAAAUAUCGUAA